CUUCCGUUUCCGGCGGCGGAGCCCGCGUGAGGCGGCGGGAGCGGCGGAGCGCGCCGCCCCGGGACCGGAACCGGAAGCGGAGCCAGGAGCGGAGCGGGGCGGCAGCGCAGGGCCCGCCAUGGCCCUCAUCUGCUCCAUCUCCAACGAGGUCCCCGAGCACCCGUGCGUCUCGCCCGUCUCCAACCACGUCUACGAGCGGCGGCUGAUCGAGAAGUACAUCGCGGAGAACGGCACCGACCCCGUCAACAACCAGCCGCUGUCCGAGGAGCAGCUCAUCGACAUCAAGGUCGCCCACCCGAUCCGGCCCAAGCCGCCGUCUGCCACGAGCAUCCCGGCCAUCCUGAAGGCGCUGCAGGAUGAGUGGGACGCCGUCAUGCUGCACAGCUUCACCCUGCGCCAGCAGCUGCAGACCACGCGCCAGGAGCUGUCCCACGCGCUCUACCAGCACGACGCCGCCUGCCGCGUCAUCGCUCGGCUCACCAAGGAGGUCACUGCUGCCAGAGAAGCUCUGGCGACGCUGAAACCGCAGGCCGGCCUCAUCGUGCCCCAGACCGUGCCGUCCUCCCAGCCCAACGUGGCGGGAGCUGGGGAGUCCAUGGACCUGGGAGAGCUCGCAGGCAUGACCCCCGAGAUCAUCCAGAAGCUUCAAGACAAGGCCACGGUGCUGACCACGGAGCGUAAGAAGAGAGGCAAGACGGUUCCGGAGGAGCUGGUGAAGCCGGAGGAGCUCAGCAAGUACCGGCAGGUCGCCUCGCAUGUGGGGCUGCACAGUGCCAGCAUCCCGGGGAUCCUGGCCUUGGACCUCUGUCCUUCCGACACCAACAAGAUCCUCACCGGCGGGGCUGAUAAAAACGUCAUCGUCUUUGACAAGAGCUCAGAGCAGAUCCUGGCGACCCUCAAGGGCCACUCCAAGAAGGUCACCAGCGUCGUGUUCCACCCCUCGCAGGAGUUGGUGUUCUCGGCUUCUCCCGAUGCUACCAUCCGGAUCUGGUCUGUGCCCAACGCCUCCUGCGUGCAGGUUGUGCGUGCCCACGAGGGCUCCGUGACCGGGCUGAGUCUGCACGCCACGGGUGACUACCUGCUCAGCUCUUCUGAUGACCAGUACUGGGCUUUCUCGGACAUCCAGACCGGCCGUGUCCUCACCAAGGUGACAGAUGAGAGCUCUGGCUGUGCUCUCACCUGCGCCCAGUUCCACCCAGACGGGCUCAUUUUUGGAACAGGGACGAUGGACUCUCAGAUCAAGAUCUGGGAUCUGAAGGAACGCACCAACGUGGCCAACUUCCCGGGGCACUCGGGCCCCAUCACCAGCAUCGCCUUCUCCGAGAACGGCUACUACCUGGCCACAGCUGCAGACGACUCUUCUGUCAAGCUCUGGGACUUGCGUAAGCUCAAGAACUUCAAGACGCUGCAGCUGGACAAUAACUUCGAGGUGAAGUCUCUCAUCUUUGACCAGAGCGGCACCUACCUGGCGCUGGGCGGGACAGACGUCCAGAUCUACAUCUGCAAGCAGUGGACGGAAAUCCUCCACUUCACCGAGCACAGCGGCCUCACCACGGGAGUGGCUUUUGGCCACCACGCCAAGUUCAUCGCCUCGACGGGCAUGGACCGGAGCCUCAAGUUCUACAGCCUGUAGCCCCGGGCCUGGGGCCGGCAUCUCCCGCUGCAGCGCUGGGGUUUGGGGCGGGUGGGGGGUUGGGGGGGAGGGAAUUGGGGGGGGGGGGGGGAGGGAGGGAGGUGUUCUGUUACUCCUUUAGGCUCCCCUGCUCUAGCUGUGGGCAGAGGGGAAGGUAGUUGGAUGUCGCCCUCCCUGUGCUUCAUGGAUUUGUUGUUUCAGUUUUUUCUUCUUUUCCAGUUUGGUGUUUGUCUUUCUGGCUUUAGAUUCUCUUCCGUGGCUGUAACUGAUGCACCGAACGGCUCCGACCCACGCGUGGGUGGAAGUUUGUGAUGGGUUGUGGGGGGAUGUGUGGAGGGAAGGGGGGGACUGUGCAGGUUUUGUAAGCAGUUACCUAGUUUCGUUAUGGAAAUAAAGAAUUAUUCACCUU